GCCUGCCGGGCAGCGCUGUCCCCGAGGCCCCGCCCCCCGGGCGCCGCUCCAUCCCCUUUUCCCGCCGCUCCUCGCGCUGCCGGAGCCGCCUCAGUGCGGGCGGACCCGCUGGAUCAUGGCUGAGCAGCGACAGGAUAAGGGGGCGCUGAUAAGCGAGACCCGGCGGCGUUUCGAGGCGGAGUACCUGCCAGAUAAAUCAGAUAAAUAUGAUUCUAGAGAUGUGGAAAGACUUCAGCAAGAUGAUAAAUGGGUUGAAAACUACUUGAUUUGGCGUCAUGAUGUUGUGGAUGAUACAUUAAAGAUGAUUGAUGAAAGCUUUCAGUGGAGGAAAGAAUACACAGUUAAUGACUUGUCAGAAUCUGUCCUUCCAAAAUGGUUAUUUGAAAUUGGUGCUCUCUUUCUGCAUGGCUACGAUAAAGAGGGCUAUAAGUUAUUUUGGUUCAAAGUGAAGCAUCAUACAAGAGAUCCUAAGCAGCAACUUGACAAAAAGAAACUGGUCGCUUUUUGGUUAGAACAUUACGCCAAGAGAGAUCAUGGAAAGCCCUUGACAGUAGUAUUUGACAUGGCUGAAACUGGCAUCAGUCACAUAGACUUGGAUUUUGUUCGGUUUAUUGUCAACUGUUUUACAGAUUAUUACCCAAAUUUCCUCACAAAGAUAGUAAUAUUUGAAAUGCCAUGGAUAAUGAACGCUGCUUUUAAAAUCGUGAAGGGUUGGCUUGGCCCAGAUGCAAUAAGCAUGUUAAAGUUCACAAACAAGAAUGACGUGCAGGAAUACAUCAGUGGAGAGUAUCUGCCACCUCACAUGGGUGGAACUGAUUCUUUCAAGUAUAGUUAUCCUCCGUUGGUUGAUGAUGAUUUUCAAACUCCUUUAUGUGAAAAUGGGCCCAUUACAAGUGAAGAUGAGCAUGAAAGUAAAGAAGAGAUAGAUGCAGACACCAAGGAGACUGGGGAGCUCAAUGAAGCACAAAACCUUAAUCAGAAAAAGAUGAAUUCUAUAGAACAAAUUUCCAAAUCAGAGGAAACUGACAAAACAGAGAUCAAACCAAAAAUUGCAAAGAAAGCAUUAACCACUUUUAAAGGACCUUUAUUACACAUCAGCCCUGCAGAGGAGCUACAUUUUGGAUCCAAAGAAACUGGAGAGAAAAAAUGUUUGAUAGUUCUCACAAACGUCACUAAAAACGUAGUGGCUUUUAAAGUGAGAACAACUGCACCAGAAAAAUACAGGGUUAAACCCAGUAACAGCAGCUGUGAACCUGGCACAUCAUUAGAUAUUAUAGUUUCUCUUCAUGGUGGCUUUGCAGCUUCUUUGCAGGAUCGUUUCCUUAUAAUGGCAGCAGAAAUGGACCAGUCUUCUGGAGCAGGUGUGCCAGAACUGACUCAGUUUUGGAAAGAAGUCCCUAGGACCAAAGUGAUGGAACAUAGGCUCAGGUGUCACGUCGUAGAAAGUAGUAAGCCCUCCUCUCUGACAUUAAAAGACAAUGCAUUUAAUAUUCCAGCAAAAACGAAUGAAGAUUUCCAUAUACAGCUAACUCAUUUACUGCAGAUUAAUAAAAGACUUGAGGAGCAGAUGAAUCGCUGCCUCUGGUUCCAGCAGCUGUCAGUUGUUUUAUCACUGCUAUCAGUUACUGUUGCUGCCUUCUGCUUCUACCUGGCGUAUGCCCAGAGAAGCUAAAAAGAAUUGCUGUGCCCUGGAUGUGCUGCUGCCUAUCAUGGCUUGUUGGAGUCAAAAAGAUUGCAGUGCUGCUCUUGGAUUCUGGAACUGCCAAAAUGAGGUUUGUGAGCCUACAGCAAUGAGCAAGGAACAGUUUACUGGGAAAAAGAAAAAGAUAGAAGAAAUGAAUGACCAGCAAACAAAAGUACUGAAAUUAUUGUCUAAGUUGACACUUACAAUAGGGCAUGAUGAAGAUGUUAAAGCUAGGACCUGUUUCCACUGUACAACUCAAUAAAAACGACUGAACUGGAAGGAGGAAACCAAAUACAACAUUAUUUAAGACUGUUGUGCUUUUUUUUCCUCUAUUUGACUACUUUAAAUACAAUAUUUCAUUUCUUUUCAUCAUAUUCAUUCUUACAUUCUGAAUCAGUCCCAUAGAAGAUGUAAGCAGUCAGCUUAGUGUAUUCCAAGGUUAAUCUGUUCAUCCAGGAAAAUUUACAGAAAUUUAUGUAGUACAGGUGGAUUUUUUUUUAAUAAUCAGUGUAUGUACUUACACAUAAAGGAAGAUAUUUGUUAUUAGUAAUUAUUUUGAUAAUUCAGACUCAUUGCUGUCAUUGGUUGAAUUCCUUAUUUUUGUGCUUCUUCUAAAUGAAAAGUUAUUGUAAACAUUACUUACCAAGUAACAUACGCACAAGUCAAGACACUAUUCCUAUUCUCUUUUCUUUUUUGCAAAGCAACAUGUAUUCAAAUUACAGAAGGAGUGUGGGAGCUGACUUUUUACUGUGAUGGCCUAUUAUUGGUUCAUAAAAAGGCUAUUAAAUAGUCAGUGUAAAAACUUAUUCUGAGCUGUGCAAUAUGGUUAAAUUCCAUAUGAAAUUAUGAAAAAAAAGCAAAUCAGGAAGAUUAAAUACACUUGAAGGCAACGUAAAAGUAUUGUAUCUGCCAUUUCACAGAAAUUGUUGUGGAAAUGGUGCAUGAAGCUAGGAAGAACUUUGCUAACAAGGAUUCUUUGUACUCAUUGCUGUAAAUAUGUAUAUUAAAAUGAUGACAACUUAAAAGAAGACUGAUGGUAUCUUUCAUACUUUUAAAAUUUUCACUCUUUAGGAGAUUUAAAAGAAUUAUGUUACUUGAAUUAAUUUUUUGCUACAGAUUGGCUUUGUAACAGAUUUCUUGGUUUUGUCUGCUGACUUCAAUAGAUAAGAAGUGAUUGUCAAGGAAAAAUAAAGGUCAUACUCUGCUUCUGUCUUUUUGCUUACAGUAUGUUGGUGAUGUAGGAUCAUUUCUAGAAAAUAGAAAAGGGCAGUUUAAAAUAAUAAACAGAUUAACUAAUAAAGCCAGCAAUAUGAUUACUAAAAAAAUGCCAUGUACAAAGCAAGGCUGCAUAAAUGUUUGGUGCAGAGUCUUCUGUCCUCUCUUAAUGUAUACAAUGGUUUACUGCAUCUGCUUUUUCCUAAUUUUCACUAAUCUCAUUUCUGCCUAUUUUGUUUCUCAGUAUUUUGUAUUCCUAAUGAUUUGACAAUUAAUAUUGUUAACUGCUUAUAAUGAAGCUGUUACUUGGGUUCUUUUUUAUGUGCAUGCAACUCAAAUGCUUUGCUUACAACGAAAUGGGUCGUUGUCUUAGUGAGAAAAGUAAUAAAGUAAUUUGUAACCUUAAGAUAACAAUAACCAUGCUAUUAAAAUGCCAAUUCCUUAAUUUGGGUGGAUUGAAUAGCACUUUACUGUAAAAUUGCCAGAAAUAUAUUCUUAGAGUCUUUGCCAAUAUGAAUAUUUUAAUGUUUUGGUGCUUUCAUAUAUUUUCAGUAUUUUAUUACUUAUUUUAUUAUUGGUAUUUUCUUUGUAUGAAUCAGAUGAACAUCUUUUCUAUUUUAAUAUAUUUUAGAAAAAUACAGUUAAAAAUAAAUAUGAGGAAAUA